UUCUUGAAUGUGCAGUUGCAGCCACACUACCACUCAAUGAAAAAGUCGAAAAUAUUGUGUGGGCCAUAAAAAAAGUCUUAAAUUGGGGAAACCGUGUGUUGCAUAUAGCUACCAAUGCUAGCACGUUAAGGACACGGCCAAGGAUCCGCUCAUUGCAAGGAUUAAAUGUAGUGAAACAGAGUGGAAAACCAAAUACGAGAGCCACCAACAACACAGGGGCAGAGGCAGAGAGGAAGCAGAAUAGCAGCAGAGGGGCAGGCAGAGCAGCGGCAGAGCAGAAAAGAUGGCGACGAGAGGAACGCAGCAAAAGAUUUUCCCGUCGCUGUUUUCCAAGCUGCACGGAGCCAUCUCGGAGGCCUGUGUCUCCCAGCGCUUGUCCACCGAUAAGAAGACCCUCGAGAAGACGUGGAAGCUGAUGGACAAGGUGGUCAAGUUGUGCCAACAACCGAAGAUGAACCUCAAGAACAGUCCCCCCUUCAUCCUGGACAUUCUGCCGGAUACGUAUCAGCGGUUGAGGUUGAUCUACUCCAAGAACGAGGACCAGAUGCACUUGCUCCAUGCCAACGAGCACUUUAACGUGUUCAUCAAUAAUCUGAUGCGGAAAUGCAAGCAGGCCAUCAAAUUGUUCAAAGAGGGCAAGGAGAAAAUGUUUGACGAGAACUCACACUAUCGGAGGAACCUCACCAAGCUCAGCCUGGUCUUCUCGCACAUGCUCAGUGAACUGAAGGCCAUAUUCCCGAAUGGAGUGUUUGCAGGCGAUCAGUUUCGGAUUACAAAGGCGGACGCGGCAGACUUCUGGAAGAGUAACUUUGGUAACAGCACUCUGGUUCCCUGGAAAAUCUUUCGUCAGGAAUUAAACAAAGUUCACCCCAUAUCGUCUGGCUUGGAGGCUAUGGCAUUGAAGACCACUAUCGACCUGACCUGCAACGAUUUUAUCUCAAACUUCGAAUUCGAUGUUUUCACACGACUCUUCCAGCCCUGGGUGACGCUAUUGCGAAACUGGCAGAUCCUUGCCGUAACCCAUCCGGGCUAUGUGGCCUUUCUCACUUACGACGAGGUGAAGGCGCGCCUCCAGCGCUACAUACUCAAGGCUGGCAGCUACGUCUUCCGGCUAUCCUGCACACGACUCGGCCAGUGGGCCAUCGGCUAUGUCACAGCAGAGGGGGAGAUCCUGCAGACAAUCCCACAAAAUAAAUCGCUAUGCCAAGCCCUACUCGAUGGUCAUCGGGAGGGCUUCUACUUGUAUCCAGAUGGCCAAGCCAUUAAUCCGGAUCUAUCGUCAGCUGUUCACAGUCCUACUGAGGACCAUAUAACUGUAACACAAGAGCAAUACGAACUAUACUGUGAAAUGGGCAGCACCUUUCAGCUGUGCAAAAUCUGUGCGGAGAACGACAAGGAUAUCCGUAUUGAGCCUUGCGGUCAUUUGUUGUGCACGCCUUGCCUCACCUCCUGGCAGGUGGACUCCGAGGGACAAGGCUGUCCCUUCUGUCGCGCCGAGAUCAAGGGCACGGAACAAAUAAUUGUGGAUGCCUUCGAUCCGCGCAAGCAACACAACCGGAAUGUCACCAAUGGGCGACAGCAGCAGCAGGACGAUGAUGACACAGAGGAUAUGGGCGACUUCAACAUAGCCACCUCAUCGCUGCACGCACUGAGCACGUCCUCGACGGCGGCGUCGGCCGAGAAGCAUAGUCCUCACACAUCUCCCAGGCUGGGGCGUCGCAGCACCACGCCCAGUCUGAUGGCGGUGCAGAACGAUCUCUAUGCGGGCGGUACGCCCACCCUCAGCCUGCUUAGCAACUCCUCCGCCUCCGUUGCCACCGCCUCCUCCUCCAGUUCUUCCUCAGCCGCGGCUGGAUCACCGGCCAUCUCCUCUUCCUCCUCCUCCUCCUCCUCCCAGAAUCAGCCCCAGCCCUCGGCACCGCCAGCAUCGGCUGUUUUGAGCAACGGAGCCAGUGCUAGUCAGAAGACCACCAACCGGAUGAGUGCUCCGCUGAUUGGAUCUUGUGUGGCCAACUCCACAUAUGGCCAGAAGAUGACACAGAACUCCACCAGCAGCAGCUCCAGCGACAAUGCCUCUAGCUCCAGUUCGUACGCCAUAUUGCAGAACCUCCAGGAGUCGAACGGUGGAUCUUCUGCAGUGGGUGCCGUUGUGGCUCCUCCUUUGCCUCCCAGGAAAUCCUCUCCUGGCGGUGAAACGCCCAGCAAGGCCACCGCUCCCCCGCCGCCAACUAGCAGCAAGAGCAUCGAUAACAUCCAGUGCAGCUUGGACAAUGUUCCACCCCAAACUACGGCGCCACCAAUACCACCCCAUGUAUCACCCAGUGUGGAUACCCUGGCCGAAGACCUGAUGCGACAGCAGCGCAUAGCCACGAGCACCACAUCCCCUGUGCUUUCUCUGUUGGAUGAGGACAUAGUUGAGGUGGGACCAGCGGAAACUAUCAGCGGGGUAAUCGAUACGCGCCCGUUGGAGGCACGCGGAGUGACCUUGACCCGGCAGGAUUCCGGCUCAUCCCACUACACCCAGCUGUGCACCACCAGCAGUGGAAUGGCCAACGGAAAAAAGGCCAAUCCCCCCUCGAAGGUCACCCAAGCGCCCACCACAGCGACCACUACGGCGACAGCUGCGGGUAACCCUUCCCAGCAACACCACCAACCGCUACUCUACGCGAAUGUGACGAUCAACCAAAAAGACUGCGGCACCGUGCCCUACGAGAACAUCAACUUGGAGUACAUAGCCCGGCUGAUGAACGCGGGCUACUCCAAGGAGAAUGCGAUCACCGCACUGGGAAUAUCGCGGAACAACAUCGAAAUGGCCGGCGACAUCCUGCGCGAGUUUGUCUCCAAGAACAGCGCAUAAGGUGCUCUGCCGGCUGG